AUGACUUUGACCGAUGAGGAACUCGAUCGCGACUGGAAGCCUAAUGGCCGCCGCCCUCAAUCCACCAUUGCCCGCUCUUUCUCUGCGGAGCUGAUGGACAUUUUCAAGAUUGAGAACAGCGUAGCCGACCUCGACGAACGGGUCGACAAGCAUAAGAAAACUGUCUCCAUCCAGACGAAUGAGCUCGAGGCCCUGGAACAGCGUAUCCGUGAAAUGGAAGACCGCCUCCGCCGUUCCAAGGCGAGGCUAUCCCGCCCAGUUCUUCCAAACUACGACCCCAACUACGAUCCCAAUUCCGCUCCUGUGGAAGCCACCAACGGCUCGUCCGAGCAAGUACAGAACGUACACCGACCCAAGCAAGUCGAUGAGCAGUUCCAAAAGAGCAGAUCCCGCCCGGGAAGCUCCAUGAACGCUAGGCCUGCGCCGAGCGCCGGAGAUAUGCCACCCACUCCAGUGGCCAGCGAAGGUGAAUACGAAGUCGUGAACCGGGAUGACCUCGAUGAUGACGAAGACGCCCGCCCCAAUGUUCCUCAAAGAUAA